GUAGCUGUAGUAGCUGUAGUAGCUGUAGUAGCUGUAGUAGCUGUAGUAGCUGUAGUACCUGUAGUACCUGUAGUAGCUGUAGUACCUGUAGUACCUGUAGUAGCUGUAGUAGCUGUAGUAGCUGUAGUAGCUGUAGUAGCUGUAGUACCUGUAGUACCUGUAGUACCUGUAGUACCUGUAGUAGCUGUAGUAGCUGUAGUACCUGUAGUAGCUGUAGUACCUGUAGUAGGUGUAGUACCUGUAGUACCUGUAGUAGCUGUAGUAGCCGUAGUACCUGUAGUAGCUGUAGUAGCCGUAGUAGCGGUAGUAGCUGUAGUACCUGUAGUACCUGUAGUAGCUGUAGUACCUGUAGUAGCUGUAGUAGCUGUAGUAGCCGUAGUAGCUGUAGUAGCUGUAGUACCUGUAGUAGCUGUAGUAGCUGUAGUAGCUGUAGUAGCUGUAGUACCUGUAGUAGCUGUAGUAGCUGUAGUAGCUGUAGUACCUGUAGUAGGUGUAGUAGCCGUAGUAGCUGUAGUAGCUGUAGUACCUGUAGUACCUGUAGUAGCUGUAGUAGGUGUAGUAGGUGUAGUACCUGUAGUAGGUGUGGUAGCCGUAGUAGCUGUAGUAGCUGUAGUAGCUGUAGUAGCUGUAGUAGCUGUAGUAGCUGUAGUAGCUGUAGUAGCUGUAGUACCCGUAGUACCUGUAGUACCUGUAGUAGGUGUAGUACCUGUAGUAGCUGUAGUAGCCGUAGGAGCUGUAGUAGGUGUAGUACCUGUAGUACCUGUAGUACCUGUAGUAGGUGUAGUACCUGUAGUACCUGUAGUACCUGUAGUAGCCGUAGUAGCUGUAGUAGCUGUAGUACCUGUAGUAGCUGUAGUACCUGUAGUAGGUGUGGUAGCUGUAGUAGCUGUAGUAGCUGUAGUAGCUGUAGUAGCCGUAGUAGCUGUAGUAGCUGUAGUAGCUGUAGUAGCUGUAGUACCUGUGGUAGCUGUAGUACCUGUAGUAGCCGUAGUAGUUGUAGUAGCUGUAGUAGCUGUAGUACCUGUGGUAGCUGUAGUAGCUGUAGUAGCUGUAGUAGCCGUAGUAGCGAUAGUAGCUGUAGUACUUGUAGUACCUGUAGUACCUGUAGUAGCCGUAGUACCUGUAGUAGCUGUAGUAGCCGUAGUAGCUGUAGUAGCUGUAGUACCUGUAGUAGGUGUAGUAGCUGUAGUAGCUGUAGUACCUGUAGUAGCCGUAAUAGCUGUAGUAGCUGUAGUACCUGUAGUAGCUGUAGUAGCUGUAGUAGCUGUAGUACCUGUAGUAGGUGUAGUAGCCGUAGUAGCUGUAGUAGCUGUAGUACCUGUAGUACCUGUAGUA